CAAAGUUGAUGCGAGGCCCCGCCUACGCCAGCCGCUCAGGCCCGCCCCUUGCGGGCGUUGGGGGCGGAGCCACGCGGUUGCCGUGGCGACUCGCAGUGUUUGUGCUCCCGGCUGCGGGCUAGCGCGGCCAUGGCCACUCCGCAGCAGCAGCCGCAGCCGCAGCCGUGCCGGCCGAAGCCCUCAGCUUGUCGCACUCCGGUGCUGCCGGAGUCGCCGCUGCAGGUGAAGGUGGUGGGGCUCUUCAAAAGCUCCAGCUUUCAGAUGUCAAAGACCAUCGCUGAGACUCUGAAACAUAAUUACCCAUCCAGAUUUGAAGAUCCCGUGAUAGUUCCUCUUCAAGAGUUUGCUUGGGAUCAGUAUCUACAGGAGAAAAAAAGGGAACUGAAGGGUGAAACCUGGGUAUAUUCCUCCUAUGUGAUGUGCUUUGUUAAUGAUCAACUGCUGGGUAACGCAUUUGACCUGAAGAAGUGGGCCCAGAAGGUGUGGGAUGUGGUUGAUGUCCGACCCUCCGCACUGUAUGAAGCACUAACUUUGAAUUAUUCCACCAAGUUCUUAAAAGACACCAAGCAUGAUUUUGUGUUCUUGGACAUUUGUAUCGAUCUUUCUCCAAUUGGAAGACUGAUUUUUGAGCUAUAUUGUGAUACAUGUCCCAAAACAUGUAAAAAUUUUCAGGUCUUGUGCACAGGAACGGCAGGGUUUUCUGAGAGAGGCGUAAAGCUUCAUUACAAAGAUUCGAUUUUUCAUCGAGUAGUCCAGAAUGGUUGGAUACAAGGAGGAGAUAUAGUACAGGGAAGAGGAGAUGACGGAGAGUCUAUUUAUGGGCCAAUAUUUGAAGAUGAAAACUUUUCAAUUCCUCAUAAUAAAAGAGGAGUUCUUGGAAUGGUCAAUAGAGGUCAUCAUACCAAUGGCUCACAAUUCUACGUCACACUGCAAGCAGCUCCCUAUCUGGAUAGAAAAUACGUGGCUUUCGGGCAACUAAUCGAAGGAACUGAAGUUCUUAGACAACUGGAAUUAGUCCCAACAGAGAAUGAGAGACCAACGCUUCUCUGCAGUAUUGCAGACAGUGGAAUUCUUUAUACCUGAUUUUCACAUCAGUCAGAGUUUCUGCCAUGAUUUAUUACUGUGCUUUUGAUCAGCUCUUUCUGUAUUUAAUUAAAUGGUGCUUGAUAACCUUGAUUCCAAGACUGCAGCAGACACAAUAGGUUGGUUCGUCUAACAGUCAUUCCCCUUUCCUCUCCUGCCUUCACCACAGAGAGACUAUUGAAACAAAAUACUCAAUUUCCCAGGCCCCUUUGCAACUGGAAAGGCCGUUUGAGAGUCUGUGGCUAGUGGGUCACUGGAAUGCCAGUGAUCUUGUUCCCUCCCCUUCAUCAUGUCUUAAAUACAGAUAGGCUAGGAGCCGAGAGAACUGCUGGGCUGU